GCGACCAAUCAGAAAUCGUAAUUCUGCUAUCCCUAAUUUGCAUACACACUAAAUAAAUAGGAGGGCGCUCGCUGGUGGGCGUAUAUCUUUCGCUUUGUUUAAGCGCUGUACCCUCAGUCCGAUGCCUGAACCAGCUAAGUCCGCCCCGGCCCCGAAGAAGGGCUCCAAGAAGGCGGUGACCAAGGCGCAGAAGAAGGACGGCAAGAAGCGCAAGCGCAGCCGCAAGGAGAGCUACUCGGUGUACGUGUACAAGGUGCUGAAGCAGGUGCACCCCGACACCGGCAUCUCGUCCAAGGCCAUGGGCAUCAUGAACUCGUUCGUCAACGACAUCUUCGAGCGCAUCGCGGGCGAGGCGUCCCGCCUGGCGCAUUACAACAAGCGCUCGACCAUCACGUCCCGGGAGAUCCAGACGGCCGUGCGCCUGCUGCUGCCCGGGGAGCUGGCCAAGCACGCCGUGUCCGAGGGCACCAAGGCCGUCACCAAGUACACUAGCUCUAAGUAAACUUAAUUUGCCAUAGCACCAGUGACAUCAGGCUCUUUUAAGAGCCACCCACAUUGUCACUUAAAGAGCCGUAGCUUUUACAAGCUUAGAGAAAAUGGCAAGAACAUCCAUUCUAACAUUCGAGGACUAAUAAAAUCUGGGGAUAGAAGUUGCCCCGGGGCAUG